CACUUUCACCACCCAUAUUCUUGUGGGGAAGUCACAAUUUCAAUCUCUCCUCCACACACAACUCUCUUGCUUCUUAGCUCGCUCUCUUUUCAUCUCUCAGUUGCUCCCUCAUUUCCUGCUGUGUUCAGUUAUCCCAUCCUGUGAGUUAUCUCACUCCCACUCCCUUCCUUCAUCUGCAAAGCGAGCUCUGCACGGAAAUGGGUUCCAAAAAGAAAAUGGGAUACAAGUGUCGCAUAGCAGGAGUGAUGCUUCUAUUGAUUGGAAGUAUUGCUGCCCUUGUUGUUGUUGCUGUCAUCCAGGACAAGUUAAAGGUUAAGGAGUAUGGAUUAGAGUUUGGCAUUGUGAUAGACUCCGGUUCCUCUCGCUCCAAUGUGUACCUGUACGAAUGGCCUGGGGAGAAGGAGAACGAGACCGGGGUAGUGACUGAAAGAAAGAACUGUAAAGUUAAUGGGCUUCCUAUCUCAGAACUCAAGGUUAGUUCCAAGGAUGAUAAAAAAACAUUUGAAGGAUUUCAAGACUGCAUGGAUGAAAUCAAGAAUCACAUUCCUGAAGAAAAGCACAAAACCACACCCCUCUUUCUGGGAGCUACAGCUGGGAUGCGCCUGCUAGAAAUGAAAGAUCAAGAAAGAGCCAGUAAAAUUAUGGGAAAACUCAGAGACUUCCUGAGUAAACAAAACUUCCAGUUCCACAACGCUUCCAUCAUCACUGGACAGGAAGAGGGACUGUAUGGGUGGAUCACAGUGAAUUACUUGAAGGAAAAUUUCCUACAGAAAAACAUGUGGAACACUUACAUUCGUCCAAAUGGAGCAGAGACAGUCGGGUCUAUGGAUCUCGGUGGAGCAUCAACACAGAUCGCCUUCCAAGUUCAGGAACGUGGAGAGGGGCCUGACUACAUGCAUGUCAAGCUGUAUGGUUACCCCUAUACUGUCUACACACACAGUUUCCUUUGCUAUGGCAAAAAUGAGGCUGACAAGAGGGUUCUGGACAAAGUAAUCAGGGAAUCAUCUGACCCAGCCUACAUAAUAAAUCCCUGCUACCCCAGAGGUUUCAACAUUACCACAAAAGCUUCAUCCAUUUAUGACACAGAGUGCAUACCGAAACCCAAAAACUACAACUCUGGUCAAGAGUUCUACAUGGUUGGGGGGUCCGACUCGGAAAAAUGCGGGCAAAUAGUGAAGUCCAUAUUUAACUUUCAAAACUGUCCCUCAAAGCAGUGCUCCUUCAAUGGGGUGGAGCAGCCACCAGUGACUGGAGAUUUUAUGGCAUAUGCUGGAUUCUACUUCAUUGCUCGAGCGCUGGAGCAGAGUGGGAAAUCCGACCUUGGUCAGUUCAACAUUGCUGUUGGGAACUUCUGCAACACUGACUGGGCCAAGCUAAAAGUACAAAAACACUGGAUCUCUGACACAUACCUCAAGACCUACUGCUUUGCCAGUCACUAUGUCCUCACUCUUCUGGCAGAUGGCUAUAAGUUUGACAAUGAGACUUGGAAAAAUAUUCACUUUGAACAAAAGAUAAAGGAAACAAACAUAGGCUGGAGUUUGGGCUACAUGCUGAGCAUGUCCAACAUGAUCCCGUCUGAAGUGAAAGAAAUCACCCCAAUGACAAACCCGGUCUUCGCUGGUCUCAUCUUUCUAUUUUCAGCUCUAAUCAUUGUAACAGCAGUCUUAGGAUUUAUCAUCCUCAUUCGUACUUGCUAUUGAUAGGUGAUGAAAGGAAAUUAAGGAGAGCAUAGGGAAUUAUUUAGUUCUUUGCUGGAAUGUGCUGCAGUAGCAUGUGAUCAGGCAUGUCUGUUGAAUGUUUCUAAACAAAGUGAUGUGUGUUUUUCAGCUCAAACCUCUGAGGCAGGAUUUACAUAGAAAAUGUCUUUGCACUUAAGUUUAUGGUUAAACUGGUUUUUUUUAUUUCCAAUACAACCAGUGCUUGUAAAAGAUAAAUCACCCCCAAUAGAAAUGAGCAAGAUUGUGAAUCUCACUGGACCGCUUUUGUUUCUUUGGUUAUUUUACCUCACAGAAGCGCAGAGAUUUAAAAAUCCUUUCCCAGCAGAUUUUUUUCACAAAACUAAUAUAAAUGAACAA